CCGGGCGUGGUGGGGGGCAGCUGGCGGAGGCAGCAGUGGCCGCACAUCUGAAUGGAAGCGAGCUUUGUCCAGACCACCAUGGCUCUGGGGCUGUCCUCCAAGAAAGCGUCUUCCCGCAAUGUGGCCGUGGAGCGUCGGAACCUGAUCACCGUGUGCAGGUUCUCUGUGAAAACACUGUUGGAGAAGUACACAGCGGAGCCCAUCGAUGACUCAUCCGAGGAGUUUGUAAAUUUUGCAGCCAUCUUAGAGCAGAUCCUCAGCCACCGUUUCAAAGGUCCGGUGAGCUGGUUCAGCUCAGACGGGCAGCGGGGCUUCUGGGACUAUAUCCGGCUGGCCUGCAGCAAAGUGCCCAACAACUGCGUGAGCAGCAUCGAGAACAUGGAGAACAUCAGCACAGCCCGAGCCAAGGGCCGUGCAUGGAUCCGGGUGGCACUGAUGGAGAAGCGCAUGUCGGAAUACAUCACCACAGCUCUGCGGGACACCCGGACCACCAGGCGUUUCUAUGACUCGGGAGCCAUCAUGCUGCGGGAGGAAGCCACGGUCCUCACGGGGAUGCUGAUCGGACUGAGCGCCAUAGACUUCAGCUUCUGCCUAAAGGGCGAAGUGCUGGACGGGAAGACCCCCGUGGUCAUCGACUACACGCCCUACCUAAAGUUCACCCAGAGCUACGACUACCUGACGGACGAGGAGGAGCGGCACAGCGCCGAGAGCAGCACGAGCGAGGACAACUCGCCCGAGCACCCGUACCUGCCGCUCGUCACCGACGAGGACAGCUGGUACAGCAAGUGGCACAAGAUGGAACAGAAGUUCCGCAUCGUCUACGCGCAGAAGGGCUACCUGGAGGAGCUGGUGCGUCUGCGCGAGUCGCAGCUGAAGGACCUUGAGGCGGAGAACCGGCGGCUGCAGCUGCAGCUGGAAGAGGCGGCGGCGCAGAACCAGCGCGAGAAGCGGGAGCUGGAAGGCGUGAUCCUGGAGCUGCAGGAGCAGCUGACAGGUCUGAUCCCCGGUGACCACGCUCCCCUGGCCCACGGUUCCAAGGAACUCACCACGGCCCUGGUCAACCAAUGGCCGUCACUGGGAACACUCAAUGGGGCCGAGGGUGCCAACAACCCCAAAUUCUACCGGAGACACAGUUUCAUGAGCACGGAGCCGCUGUCAGCUGAAGCCAGUCUGAGCUCGGACUCCCAGCGCCUGGGAGAAGGCAAGCGGGACGAGGAGCCCUGGGGCCCUAUCGGAAGCUCAGAGCCAAAUUAGCGGCUCCCUUCAAGCGAAUGUCCAGGACUUCACCGCAUGCAUUUUGUGUUGCCCUCCCCCUGGCUUCGCUGGGGCUUCCCACCCUAGUUUUCCUGGUGCCUGGCCUUCCUGUCUUUUCUUUCUAAAAUCCACUGUCCUGGAUGACCCUAGAUCUUCUUUGAGACAAGGCAGGCUAUGGACAUGUAACCCCGCCACACUGUGUUUGUGACUGUCCGUGUGUCUGUCUCCCCACCAGACUGUGAGCUCCACGAGGGCAGGGACCGUGUCUCGUCCGUUCUCUGUAUCCCCAGUUCCUGGAGUGGAACAACUGCUCACCGUGUGUUUAAUAAAUGGACAAAGAGAGAGGAUGAACCUCAGGGGAGACAGAGACAUAAACUGACGAUUACAAUACAGUGUCCCCAGCACUGUGCAUGGCAUGGCCAGGUGCUUACUAAGGUUGAACCAAAAAUGGCAAAUGCUCCAGAAAUGAGGAAAGUCUCCUGGCGGUAACCUGAGGGCUGCCCCUUCAUUGCCUGCGCCUGUGUACCGCACCCCCCACAACCUCACACACACGCAGACCGGUUGGCCCGGCCUCACCCGCCCUCUCUCCCCAGGGAAGGACCCCACGCCCUCCAUGCUGGGCCUCUGCGGCUCCCUGGCCUCCAUCCCCAGCUGCAAGU